UCGCGGCGGCCGGUCGUGUUGUGUAACAGACUAACAGUGUUGUGUUGGGAAACUGACCAGUCCCGAUCUGGGUCGGUCUGUCACACGCCAGUGAUGUUAAACAUGUAACACGGGGUCAGUGCUUGGUGUAGUGGGAUGUCAGUGAAUAGUGAAUGUGAUGUGGCAAAAUGUCGGGUGCCUACAUGUGGGAUCUGAUAGACCUAGUGCCGGUAUGGAAGAGGCUCCGAAGAUGCGGCAAGACCCUCCUGAGACGGCAGAGACGGUUGAUCAGGCGGAUUAAGAAGAUGUACCUUCACAGUUGGAGGUCCGACGAGCUCAGCAUGCUGGUCGGAUCCAAGGUGACGGGUGCCACGCCCCUCGUCAUCGCCUGCAGGAACGGCCACUAUGACGUCGCGGAGUACCUCAUUGAGCGGUGCAAGGCUGAUAUUGAGCAGCCUGGAUCAGUGACCUUUGACGGUGAAACGAUAGAGGGCGCACCGCCGCUGUGGUGUGCAGCCGCGGCCGGUCAUCUACCACUAGUGAGACUGCUAGUACGGGCAGGAGCUAACGUGAACUCCACGACAAGGACACACAGCACCCCCCUCAGAGCAGCCUGCUUUGAUGGACAUUAUGAAAUAGUGAGAUUCCUGGUGGAGAAUGGCGCAGACAUAGAAAUCGCGAAUCGUCAUGGCCACACCUGCCUAAUGAUCGCCUGCUACAAGGGCCAUAUCCACAUAGCCAAGUAUCUGCUCUCCCUCAACGCGGAUGUCAAUCGCAAGAGCGUGAAGGGCAACACGGCGUUACACGACUGUGCCGAGAGCGGAUCUCUCCACAUACUGCGGAUGCUGCUGAAACACGGCGCUACCAUGGACGUGGACUCGUACGGCAUGACGCCCCUUCUCGCUGCUUCCGUCACGGGCCACACGCACAUAGUGGAGCACCUCAUAUCGGAAGCCCUGGUGUCGCGGCAGCAACGGAUCGAUGCUCUCGAGCUGCUGGGCGCGACGUACGUCGACAAGCGGCGAGACAUGGUGGGCGCGCUCGCGCUGUGGAAGCGGGCGAUGGAUGACAGGUUCCCAGCAGACGGCGAACCAAUACCAAAACCCAAGGACGUGCCUCGAAUCGAGGCGUACGACUAUGCCGUGGAACCCUCAAACCCUCAACAGCUAGAAGAGUUGCUGGCUGACCCCGACGCGAUGAGAAUGCAAGCACUGGUCAUCAGAGAGAGGAUAUUAGGUCCCGCCCACCCGGACACAUCCUACUACGUGCGGUACCGAGGCGCGGUGUACGCCGACGCGGGCCGGUUCGCGCGCUGCCGGCAGCUGUGGCAUCACGCGCUCGACAUGCAACGAGCCGUGCUGCCGCCGCUGUCGCCGCUCACGCAGUCCAGCUUGUACAGCUUCGCCGAGCUGUUCUCCUAUAUGCUGGCUGAACGCGCGCGCCCGCCACUGCGAGGUCGUAUUAUCCCGCCGGUGACGUUCGACGACAUAGACCCAGUGUUCAGGAAGGCCCUAUCCGAGAUAGAUAGGGGCGUAGACCUGACCAUAGACAAGGAGCAAACACUAGGCACGCUACAGCGAGUGCUGGUUAUAUCGCUCCAUCUAGCGGCCAUUAUGGCGAGGCUUUUAGAGGAGCCGGAUUGUACUGAGGAGGUGUCUAGAAGAAUACAUAAGGCUGUAUAUACACUCGUUAAGUUAGAUAUUAAGGUUCGUCAAGGCCGCUCAGCUCUCCACGUGGCGUGUUCAACCGAGGCGGGGAGGCGCGGGGCGCUCACGGAGGGGGCGCCGGCGCGCGCGCUAGUCGCCCUCAUGCUGCGGCUGGGCGCGGCGCCCGACGCGAGAGACGCGGAUGGGAAUACGCCUCUGCAUCUUGUUGCCAAGAUAAACCCCUGCCCCGCCGACGUGUUCAGAGAGCUACUGGCGCACGGCGCACACAUAGACACAGUCAACUACGAGGGAGAAACGCCAGAGGAGAUACUCAAGUCCACCCAACAGAACAUAACCUCCAUAGUCAACCCGCUAAAGUAUACCACACUGAAAUGCCUCGCCGCACGCACCGUCAAAAACUAUAAACUACCUUACAGACAUGUUGUACCACAGUGCUUGCAUUCUACGAUUAUUACUCACUAAAUAUUAAGGUGGGGUGAAUGUAAACAGAAUACAAAUACAAUAAGGGGGUAAUUUGAGAAAAAAAAGUACGCGCAUUUUCGGGCCACAUUAACAUAGUAUGCCGGCAGGCCGCCGCCUGGCAGUUAAUUGGAAAAGACCACAUAAAAAUCCCCAGGCGAUUUUGUAGAUUUUGUAUCGACGGUCAAUGAUUGUCA